AGGCUGGAAGGGAACAACAGUGAAAAACGGGACCAAGCUGGUAAUCAGAAGGAAGAUUAUCAGUUCAUUGGACAAAGAGAAAAAUUGAAAGAGAAAGAGAGAGGCGAAUCGAUGACCGUUAUGCGUCACAUCCAUGGAAGAGAGUCCGGAAACCUGUCUGUGUAUACGACCGAUAUACCAAUGAAAUACAGGCGAGUAGUCAAGGCUGAAGCAAAGUCAUGGUCAGUGUUACUCUCUUCUCCGAGUUAGAUGAUUCAUUUUGUCUCCUCUUUUGUCGAUAAUUAAUCGAUAAUUAUAAAUUUCGAGAUCUAUCGAUAUCAUCUCGCGAAGAAAUUUCUUGUUUAAGUUGAUACAAUUAUGGAGUGGAAAAAUCAUUUCUCUCUUCGAACAAUCACAUAUUUGCUCGUCAAAUUUUUUUGCUGAAUAUAUAUAUAUUGAUAGUGUAAUAAAUAUUAGUUAGUGUAAUAAUGUCCGUGUUGAUAUCGUCAAAUCUACAUUAGUGCAUCAAAAUACAAACAAAAAGAACGGAUUAAUCUUGACAUAGCUUGAAUGAGGACAGGAAAAAGAAAGCAAGUAAACCAAUUUGCAAAUCGUUUAGUUCGUGUUAGAAAUCCGUUCGAUCCGAGCAACCCGAUAUAAGCAAGGCUUCACAUUUUUCUCUUGAUUUUUUUAUCUUUAUUCACAUUUUAAUGGUGCUUCUCUUUUCUGAUUUAAGUAAAUUCUUAAUAUGUUUGGAGUAAAUAUCACGUAUCUUUUUAUAUCAACUAUCUGAAACAGAUAAAAUUUUCAAAUAAACGUGCAUUAUCUAAACUAUAUAUAAUUGAAAGACAAUUUACAAACGUGUGUUAUUUGAACAAUUAUUUGAAUAAAAUUCAUCUUCAAAAGAUGACCAAGAAUUACUUAAUGUAUGCUAAUCAGUCAUCAAAUUCAAAAAUAUUAUGAAAUUACUGAACGUAUUUUUUUAUCAGUAGCAAAAUUUAGAUAAAUUAGAUAAUUUCUUUUAAAUUUGAAAUCUCAUAUAUAUGCCAAAGUUAGUUUAAAAUUAUUUAACAGUUGAAAGUUUCACGAGUAAUUGAUAUUCACUUCGCAUCGAGAUCGUACAGAUUGAGCCAGGUGAACUGACUCUUCGUCAAUUUCUAAUGUGAUGGUUGCGCAGAUAUUAGUUUCAUUCCAGCAAUACAGUGAGUUGGUUUGUGUCGUGAUCUAUCUCGUUAUGAAAGACACAUUGAUGAAAGUACAUGCUUAGAGCUCACUAGUCCAGUGCACUAGUAAAAAACGCUACGGCUAAAAUAGAAUGGGUGUCGAAAGCAUUUUAGCAGGAAGUUUAACUUCAGCCUCCAGCGGGCUGUCAUGGUUCUUUCCGAUUCUUGCUGCUGCGCUUGUCUACUUCCAAUACGAAGUUUUAGACAAUGAAGCGUCGCCGAUCAACAUGCCAUCGGAGGUGCUACUGCCUACUUAUCAUUUUAUAGUGGUAGGCGGUGGUAGUGCAGGAGCUGUAGUCGCUAGCCGUCUAUCUGAGAUCGAAGAUUGGAACGUAUUAUUGCUGGAAGCAGGCGGUGACGAAACGGAGAUUUCAGACGUGCCUUUACUUGCGGGUUAUCUACAACUUAGUCAACUGGAUUGGCAAUAUAAAACAGAACCACAAGAUGAUGUUUGUUUAGCGAUGGAGAAUAAGCGUUGCAAUUGGCCACGUGGAAAAGUGAUCGGGGGAUCAAGUGUGCUAAAUUACAUGCUCUAUAUUAGAGGCAAUAGGCGUGACUAUGAUAUAUGGGAGCAGCAAGGUUGUACCGGUUGGGGCUCGCGCGACGUCCAGUACUACUUCAAAAAAUCUGAGGACAACAAAAAUCCUUAUUUAAUUCGCACCCCGUAUCAUGCGAGCGGCGGAUACCUGACUGUUCAGGAGGCACCGUGGCACACACCUCUGGCCGCAGCUUUUGUUCAGGCCGGCCAAGAGAUGGGCUACGAGAAUCGCGAUAUUAAUGGCAAGUAUCAGACCGGUUUCAUGAUCGCUCAAGGUACCAUCAGACAUGGUAGUCGUUGUUCAAGUGCGAAAGCGUUUCUCAGACCGGCCAGACUCAGGAAGAAUUUGCACGUGGCAAUGCACACACACGUGACUAAAGUGCUGGUGCACCCCCAAUCAAAGCGUACUUAUGGAGUAGAGUUUGUCAGAGAUGGUAAGGUGUUUCGGAUACGCGCGAGCAAAGAGAUAAUCUUAUCUGCGGGCGCGAUUAAUUCUCCGCAACUAUUAAUGUUAAGCGGAAUUGGGCCAAAGGAACAUUUGCAGGAGCUCGGGAUUCCCGUGAUUCAAGACAGCAGGGUCGGCUACAAUCUUCAAGAUCAUGUUGGCUUGGGUGGACUCGCAUUCUUAAUCAACAAGGAAAUUUCGAUAAUACAGAAUCGGUUGCAAAAUAUACAAACAGCGAUGCAGUACGCGGUGUUAGGCGAUGGACCUCUAACAGUUUUAGGUGGCGUAGAAGGUGUUGCUUUCGUCAAUACUAAAUAUACGAACGCCUCGUUAGACUUUCCCGAUAUCGAGCUGCAUUUUGUAUCUGGCUCAACUAAUUCGGACAACGGUGCGCAAAUCAGAAAGAUACAUGGAUUAACGAAGCAUUUUUAUGACGCGGUUUUCGGGCCGAUCAGCAACAAAGAUGCGUGGAGCGUGAUUCCUAUGCUGCUACGACCGAAGAGUCGCGGUAUGAUUAAAUUACGUAGUACGAAUCCGUUUGAUCAUCCCGCCAUUUAUCCGAACUAUUUUAAAAAUCGGGAAGAUAUGGCCACAUUGAUCGAAGGAGUAAAGAUCAGCGUGGCCCUGAGCAGAACCAAUGCUUUUAAACGAUUCGGAAGCGAAUUAAACUCGCAACAGUUUCCAGGAUGCAAACAUAUUCCGAUGUUUACCGAUGAAUAUUGGGAAUGCAUGAUUAGACAUUAUAGCGUAACGAUUUACCACCCUGUGGGCACUUGUAAAAUGGGAGCUUAUUCGGAUCCCGAGGCCGUUGUCGAUCCACAACUCAGGGUCUAUGGUAUCGCUGGGCUUCGCGUGAUUGACGCCUCGAUCAUGCCGAAUAUUGUGAGCGGAAACACGAACGCGCCGACAAUCAUGAUCGGCGAGAAAGGCGCCGACAUGAUUAAAGAAUAUUGGUUGAAACAAAACAUUAUGUCUACGAAUGUUGAAUAAUAAUAUCUUGUCAAAGAAAAUGUUGAAGAAAUCAUUGAGAUAUCUGCAAUAGAAAGAUUAAUAAACAACUAAGAAUAACUUAGAGCUGCUUAUGAAUAUUUCAGUUGUGAGAUACUCAGGAUUUCUAUAAUAUUUGCUCUCAAAUUGUUGUAAAAUUAUUGUACUUAACAUAUUAGAUAUAUGAAAUGUUGUAGAGAGAAAGAAAGAAGAGAGAGAAUGAGCGAGCACGUGCAUAUUGUAAUAUAAUGUUAUU